AACCUAUCUUUCUUUGCGUCUCUCUUAUAUUCCAUCUUCCCUCGCGUUUUGAAUGAGCUAAGAAUCCAUGUCGAAAUUUUGAUUAACACGUUAGAUGGAACACUCAGAAUCAAACAUCAUCAGAUGGUUCAACAAAUGCUAGACUCUAAAUUCAGUGAAUACGGACUCAUGAAUCCAGUGGAUAACUCACCCACUUGUGGUAAGCAACGUCCGGUCGGUGCAAAGAAGACGCCGUUGAGAGAUCUCCAGAACGAAAAUAGGGUUGUACACAACCCCACUGGAAGCUCCCCAUUUUCUAAAGAUGGAGGACUUCGUAUUGAUCAUAUCAAGGUCUCUGGAACUAAGAGAGCAUCUCCUGAAUGUCCUCUGAGCCCCUCACAAUGCCAAUCUCCAAGCAAUACUGCUGCAAAUGGACACCUUGUCUAUGUCCGGAGAAAAUGUGAAACCGAAUUAGCCAAAAGCAGUGCUUUUGAUUGUACCGACACAAGUAAUUUCCAACGGAUGAUGCAAGUUACACAACCGGAGGAAAUUGGCCUACUAAAAUCCCGAAUAAAGGAGUCGAAAGUUUCUUGUUCUCCAGCAUUUGCACCACUUCCGAAAGCAUCCUUAACAAGUUCAUCUGCCAAACCUUCGGUACCUUUACCUCUUGGGAAUUCUGCUACAAAAUUAACACCCUUAGACUCCAAUCAACUUCCAGUUGUUACCACUACCCCUUUGUGCGAUAGUCCGAAAGGAAUUAGUAAACUUCAUUGGGAAGAGCGAUAUUAUCACUUGCAGAUGCUACUGAAAAAGUUGGACCAAUCCAAUCUAGAGGAUUAUACCCAAAUGCUUCGAUGUUUUUCUGCAGUCGAACUCAGCAGACAUGCUGUUGAGUUGGAAAAGAGAUCAAUUCAGCUCUCACUGGAGGAAGCGAAAGAAUUGCAGCGUGUCGGCAUUUUAAACGUCCUCGGGAAAACUACGAAGAUGGCUUAAGCACCCUUCACUCAAACAGAUCAGUCAUGCAAAUGAAAGGGGACCAAACUGCAAGGUAGCAAGUGUGGUAAAAGCUGUAGCCUGUUUUAGAGAGUGAAUGCACGAACAUGGAUUAUCUUCUGUUUAUUUUUCUUAGCAAAAGCUAGGGGAAAUUAUCAAUUUCUGGUUGUACUGUUAUAUUGUGGUGAAAUGAUCCUCUUUUUCUAC